AUGUCACAGAACGAGUCCGACGAAAUAGAUCUAUCAGUCGAUAGACAUGCAGGCAGAGAUGAUGCAGACCAUGAAGCUGCGGAAGAGCAAGAGCUAGCGCGAUCAAACAGGAACAGGGUCCGUGUCCUUCUAGGCUCCUCGCUCCUACAGCUCCCAAUCUGGGGCUUUUCUAUGAGCUUUGGCGUAUUCCAAGAGUUCUUCUCUGACCCCAGCAACUCGCACACCGGGCUCCGAGGUUCUCACUCGGCCACCGGUGUCAUCGGCACCACCUCCAACGGGGUCAUUUACCUGUCAAUGCCCUUUCUCUUCGCGGCGUUGAGCCAACAACGAGCGUGUGUCCGUCACGUAGUCGCCUUCGCCGGUAUAGCAUUCAUUUGUCUCAGCUACUUUCUGUCUUCGUUCAGCACCUACAUCUGGCAAGUGAUAGCCACACAGGGAGUGCUGGCCGCAUUCGGUUCCGCGCUGCUCGCCAGUCCCACAACGCUCUUCCUCGGUGAAUGCUUCGCCACCAGCAAUCGAGCCGUCGCUUAUGGCGUCAUGCUCUCCGCCAAGAACAUUGUAGGAUCCACGUGUCCAUUCCUCCUGCGCGGUUUGCUUGACCGCUACGGGUUUCGCAUCACGAUGAGAAUAUGGACGGCGAUUGUCACCGGGAGCAGUUUGUUUGCGAUGUGGAUAUUCCUGACUGCCUCUUUGACAAAGUAUCGAGCCCGUCGUCACACUCGAGCUCGGAUAGCGUGGCAAUUCCUCAAACACCAGACUUUUUACAUCUACAGCAUCGCCACCAUGAUGCAGAGUUCUGGUUAUGGUAUCCCACAGACGUACCUCAACACUUACGCGCAUGAUGCAGCCUCCUUGUCACAGGCGUCUGCCACCCUUCUGCUCACCUUAUUUAACCUUCCAGGCAUCAUCUCUUGCUCUUUCUUCGGCUACUUGAGCGACAACAAACGGUAUCCCCUCUCGGCCACCACCACCACCUGCAUUUCGAGCCUUAGCUCCGCCUUGUCCGUGUUCUUGCUAUGGGGCCUCGCAUCGCCUUCGAGUGGUAGCAUGGCUAUCCUCAUGCUCUUCUCCAUUACUUUCGGUUUCUUCGCUGGCGGUUACAGUUCUACGUGGGGAGGCAUCAUUACGCAGAUGGAGCGAGAGGCCGCCGAGAGAAAUGAGCCCGUCGAUACGGGUGUCCUGUACGGCUUGCUGAAUGGGGCCAGGGGACUUGGAUAUGUUAGUGGAGGAUUGGCGGGUGUACCACUACUGAAGACUGGAAACACCGCUCACAGGGGCCGCGCUGGCUAUGGAACCGAGUAUGGACCUUUGAUUGUCUUCACGGGGCUAUCAUUGGUCUUUGGAGGUUGGAGCAUCAUGUGGCAAUGCAAGAAGUUGAGUCGUUGGAUCCGUUGUUUUUUGACCUAG